AUGAAUCAGGAAAUGAAUGGGGUUGAGACUGAGAGGGUGAAAGAGAAUGUGCAUGACAAAAUAGAUUAUGUGUUUAAGGUGGUGGUGAUAGGGGACUCGGCAGUGGGAAAGACUCAAAUACUCUCAAGGUUUGCAAAGAAUGCAUUCUCCUUUGACUCAAAGUCCACCAUUGGAGUUGAGUUCCAGACUAGAACUGCGACAAUUAAUGGCAAAGUUAUCAAAGCCCAGAUCUGGGAUACUGCUGGCCAAGAAAGGUACAGGGCCGUGACAAGUGCAUACUACAGAGGUGCAUUAGGGGCGAUGCUGGUGUAUGACAUAACUAAAAGACAGUCUUUUGAUCAUGUAGCCAGGUGGGUUGAUGAACUGCGAGCACAAGCAGACAGCUCCAUUGUGAUCAUGCUCAUUGGGAACAAAGGAGACCUUGUGGACCAAAGAGUGGUGCAUGCAGAAGAUGCAGUGGAGUUUGCAGAGGAGCAGGGCCUCUUUUUUUCUGAAACUUCAGCUCUCAGUGGUGAAAAUGUGGAAACAGCCUUUUGCAAGUUGCUAGAACAGAUCCAUAGGGUUGUCUCAAAAAGAUCAUUGGAAUGUGGUAAAGGGAAGGCCAACAGUCACAACAAUGUUGCCACUCUUAAAGGAUCAAAACUGGAUGUAAUCUCAGGUGCUGAAUUGGAACUUAGUGAGAUGAAGAACUUAUCUUCAUGUUCUUGUUAA